AUGUUUGUAGCUCGGCCACUCGCUAAGGACUCUAAUCCUGAGCCGAAGAGGGUUAGAAUGGAGGUCCGACCUACGUUGAGCUUUUCGGAGAAGGACAAAAUUGGAACCAUACAACCACACGAUGAUGCUUUAAUAGGAGGCUAUGAUGUGAAGAGAGUGUUGGUAGACCACGGUAGUGGUAUAGAAAUUAUGUACCCUGACUUAUACAAAGGGCUGAACCUGAAGCCUAAGGAUUUGACAGCAUAUGAUUCACCUUUGGUAAGCUUUGAUGGAAAAGUUGACAUUCCAAAGGAUCAAAUUAGACUACCCAUACAAAUAGGUUCAGAGGUAGUAGAGAUGGACUUCAUUGUGGUGGAUAAUUAUUCUCCAUACACGGCCAUUGUGGCAAGACCAUGGCUCCAUACCCUGGGGGGCUGUUUCUUCCACCCUACAUUUAAAGAUGCGGUGUCGGAAGGGGCAAAGUAUGAGAAACUGGAAGAGAUUGUUAUAGAUGGUGAUUCGGAGAAGUUCUUUAAGGUCGAAGCUCAACUGUCUCCUCAAGAGAAGGAGAAGUUGAUAGCGUUCCUUAGAGAAAAUGUUGAUGUAUUUGCAUGGAAUGCUUACGAAGCUCCUGGGGUGGAUCCAGACUUCAUUUGUCGUCAUAUGAAUGUCAACCUAGCUAUCCUCCCUAAGAAGCAACCACCUCGGCGAUCAUCUAAAGAACAUUCUGAUGCUAUUAAGGAGGAGGUGAACAAGCUUAAGUAG